UUGCUUAUGAGAUCAUUGCUCACAUCUCUUUAGUUCAGAAUCUUUGAACAUUAUAGAGAAAAAAAGUUUACAAGCUUUUUUCCUUUCUCAGUUUCAAGUUGGUUCCUUGUAGUACACACACAAGGAAAGAAAAAAGAUGACAAAACCCAUUUCACAUCUCUUUAUUUUAGUUAUAUUUAUUGUCAAUUUAGUGUUUAUUUAUGUUUAGUAUAGCUGUGAUGCAUUCUUUACCAAUUUAUCACUGAUGGGAUUAAUAUUCUUUGAAGCAUCCAGAAGAAAAAAAAUCCAAAGUUAGGAAUUGGAUUCUCUUGCUUGAAAGGAAAAGGAAAGCUCCUUUGCUUUCCCUAUUGAGAAAUAAGCCAUCCAUUGCAUUUGCAUUGCAGUUGUGAAAAGCAAAGGCUAGCGUAAGAUUUGAGGGUCUCUUUUGUUUGUGUUUAGCAACAAAAUGAGCUAUGGGAGCAGCUCUCUUGCUUCAGGUGCUAGGACUACAAGGAGGCCAGUUGAAUUUGGAAGAACCCAUGUAGUGAGGCCUAAGGGAAGACAUCAGGUCACUAUUGUCUGGCUUCACGGGCUAGGAGAUAACGGGUCGAGCUGGUCCCAAAUCUUGGAAACACUUCCUCUUCCGAACAUUAAAUGGAUAUGCCCCACUGCUCCAACUAGGCCUGUUGCAGUUUUUGGUGGUUUCCCUUGCACUGCUUGGUUUGAUGUUGGGGAACUCUCAGAGGAGGGUCCUGAUGAUGUUGAAGGAAUGGACGCUUCAGCAGCACAUAUUGCAAAUCUUUUGUCGACUGAGCCUGUUGAUAUCAAGGUUGGCGUUGGUGGCUUCAGUAUGGGUGCUGCAAUGGCACUGUAUUCUGCCGCUUGCUGCACAUAUGGGAGAUUCGGAAAUGGCAAUCCAUAUCCAGUUAACAUAAGUGCUGUUGUUGGUUUAAGUGGUUGGCUUCCUUGCUCUAGGAGCUUGAGGAGCAAGGUGGAAAGUUCACAAGAUGCUAUUCGACGAGCUGCUUCCUUGCCAGUUUUGAUGUGCCAUGGAAGAGGGGAUGAUGUCGUCCUUUACAAACAUGGUGAGAAAUCUGCCGAGAUCUUAAGAUCAUCUGGAUACCGGAAUCUCACUUUCAAACCUUAUAAUGGUCUUGGACACUACACUGUUCCUCAAGAGAUGGAUGACGUUUGCAAGUGGUUCACUGCUUGGCUAGGCCUGGAUGGAUGCCGAUCUUAAAUGGGGAAUCAUUGCUAGAUUUCUGUAAUAAAAGAUUGGAAUGGGGGGAAAGAAUGUUCCUGUAUCUAUAAUGAAUAGUGAGCUUGAUAAUUUUGAGCAGAUGUAGGGUUCGGGGUAUAUGGUAUAGCAGCAUUUUAUCGUAAUUUCAUGAAUUUUUCCUAAUUAGCGGUUUGGUGUUACUGAGAUUAGUGUUAGUAAACACUAAUUGGGAGUAAGGAUAUGCGUUCUUUUUUCUAGGGAGAUGUUAUUAUAACUUGAGCAAUGUGGUUGUAUUAUUCAUUACACUGAGGCUUUGUAUUUAAACUCGUUAUCCAUCGAUCUUCCUUUAUGGUUGCUCUAGUA